AUGUCUGCGGAGAGAGCACACCCACCGCCCGCACCCGUCCCCGGGCCCGGGCUCUUUAAGGGCUGCUUGAGCUGCCGCUUGCUCUCCGGGGGGGCCCUGGUUCUGUCAGGGGCCUACGUUUUCAACGAAGCCCGAAAAGUGAUGAAGAGAGGUGGCCCGACGUCCAUCGGAACAGUGGCUCAGAUCACCUUUGCAGCAAGUAUUGCUGCCUGGGGCUUGGUUGUUCUCACAGAUCCAGUUGGAAAAUCCCAGAGGAAGACGUGA